AUGCCUGUUGCUCACGGUAAAACAAAUGUCGAGCCUGAACCGAGAGUCAAGAUUGAGGAUAAAUUGGACGAUGCACAACUGGAUAGGCUUGCUACAGGUGUACCUGUUGACUCUGAAACCACAGCGCCGCCAGUAAGAACCGAAAAAGCUGCUACUAUCGAGUUGCGGAAAGGUAUAAUCCAAAUCAUGCCAGUUCAGAACGAUAGACAACCUCAUUCCAUGAUCCUCAUGACGGGCCUAAAAACACUCUUCCAGAAGCAACUCCCAAAAAUGCCGCGGGACUACAUUGCACGUUUGGUACAUGAUGCCAAUUCCAGAGCUCUAGCCAUUGUCAAACGUGGAUACAAGGUGGUCGGUGGCAUCCUCUUCCGUCCCUUUCCCCACCGAGGUUUUUCGGAGAUUGUUUUCUUUGCCACCGCUUCCGUAGACCAAGUCAAGGGUUACGGUGGAAUGCUUAUGGAUCAUUACAAGAUGCACAUACGGAAAACGUAUCCACGAAUGAACCAUUUCCUAACAUAUGCUGACAACUACGCUGUCGGCUAUUUCGAGAAGCAAGGGUUUUCGAAGGAGAUCACACUAGAUCGAUCGGUGUGGGCUGGCUAUAUCAAGGAUUACGAGGGUGGCACAAUUAUGCAAUGUACGAUGUUGGACAAAGUUGACUACCUUGACAAGGCAAAUAUUCUUGCCCAGCAGCAAGAUGCGAUCAUGUCGAAAGUUCGACAGAUGUCUCGUUCGCAUAUUGUACACGCAGGACUUCCUCAAUUUCAAGAAGGUGCCCCAGUAGGUGUCACCGUAGACCCGCAAGACGUUCCUGGACUACGUGAAACUGGAUGGACCCCGUCCAUGGCUGAAAACUUGGCUCGUCUUUUACCAAAAAGUCCCGAUCAGCAUUUCAUGGAUCGCUUACUGAAGGACUUGCAAGAACAUAAUCAAGCAUGGCCAUUUCUCAAGCCUGUUACCGCGGAAGAUGUGCCAGACUACCAUGAUAUCGUGCUAAAACCCAUGGAUUUUAGUACGAUGGAGCACAAACUUGACAAUAAUCAAUACCAGACGGUCGAAGAUUUUGUUAGCGAUGCUCGGCUUGUAUUCGAUAAUUGCCGCUUGUACAAUUUGGAAGAUAGCGUUUAUCACAAAUGCGCUAAUACGUUGGAGAAGUUUCUGAAUGAACAGUUGAAGGAGCGAAUCAAGCGGGAGUCGUAG